UGUUGACUGUGGAAAGAGGGAAAGCACAAAGAAUCGACGUGUAAACGACAACGAAAAACUAUACUCGCAGAAACAUGACGGCAGACAAUGCGGCCAAGCUGCCACCAAAUGUUGAAAUCGCCAUUGACACCAAAGCCCAAAAAGCGGCGGAAAAAAUGCUACAAUCCCAAAGAAAUCUGGAAAUCUACAACAACUUUGCCACCCCCCUAAGCGGAACAUUUUUGAAUUUGCCCGCUCAAUCGGCACUGAUCCAGUGCCCCAGUUGUGGUAUCCUGGACAUGAGUGAAGUGCAUGAGGAACCCAAGAAAAUGGCAGAGAAAUGCAACAGUUUCCUUGGAUGUUUAUUUGUAUCCUUGUGCUGCUGUUGUUGCUUCAAUUAUUCCGAUCCCUGUGGCCAGCGGGAUACCAAUCAUUAUUGCCAAAAUUGUCACUGUUACUUUGGCCGAUCAAAGCGAGUUCCUCCCAUAGUGAUUCGAUGAAACUGCCCUUAAAAUCCUAUCCAAGAAAAUGUUGGAUGUGUGGGUCUUCAACCUCCAGCAUGGAGUCAAAUUAUCGUUAUUGCCAGUUAAUUAAAAUAAAUUGUAUCUUGUGAUAGUAUACAACAAAGAAACAUAGAGAUUUUGUUUGCAUA